AUGUCAUCGGGUGGUUCAAACGAUCCAACAACUUCAGAUGAAGGUCCACCUCCAUCAACAACGCAUGAUAAUCCUCCUCCAACAUCUUCGGAAGACCCCCCACCGACAAGUGAUGAUCCAGGACCCACUACAAGUGAUCCUCCUCCUACUACGACUCCACCACCUACAACUUCAGACCCACCACCCGAUACGAGUACACCACCAACAAGUAGUGAUGACCCACCACCACCUGACACCAGCACAACCACCCAUUCACCUCCACCUCCCGAUUCAACCACAACACCACCACCACCGACAUCUGACACAACCACAUCCGAUAACCCAGGUCGUCCCACAACAACAACAUCGAAUGGUGGUGGUGAGGAACCCACUCGAACGGUAACUGACAACCCCACUUCCUCACAUAAUGAACCAUCAUCUCAUCCUCAUUCUCGAACGACCAUCACUACUACCACACAACAGCCUAGCUCAUCACCUGUGGAAGUCACUACCAUUUCUAGCUCAGGCACUGAUAUUGUUACCAUUACAUCGACCUCUUUUUCAAUGAUUGGUCCUUCCACCACACCAGGGGGUGAUGAAAAUGGAAAGGGGGAUGGAUCUUCUUCAUCCGAUACAGGUGCCAUUGUAGGCGGCGUUGUAGGUGGUGUUGUAGGUUUAGCUGCUAUAGCGGCUGUAUUGUUCUUUCUUUUACGGAGGAAUCGUAAAAAAGCAGCACCCACCCAUGAUCCAUUUGAUGGUCUUUAUUCUCCCAGUGAUCGUCAAGCCAUGUCAUCAGCAGCAGCUACCAGUGUCACUGGUGGUGGUGGAUCGAGUAGUAAUGCACGUCCUCUUGUGGCACCUUAUCGACCUGUCAGUAAAAUGGGGGUUGAAGAUAUCGAUAACAACAAUUACUAUCAGCAAUCCAUGUCAUCCACAUCCCAAGGAUACUAUGAAGACACAUCACCGCAACAUCGAUUUUCCGCCGGAACAGCUGGCGGACCAGGAGGAGGACCCAUUCCAGGCUAUACGCCUGGUCAACAGUAUUACAGUAGUAGCGGAUCCGAACCCGAAUAUGGUAUCUAUGGUCACCAACAACAACCUUCCUUUUGGCCUACUACUACUACAGCUGAAGGGUCAUCCAAUGAUGGUGGCGGCGAUCGGCAUGUACCUCAUCUUGCUGAAGAAACUCAAGUCCCGCAUUCAAGAUCAUGA